AUGACCCACAUUCUUGUUAUCCCUAGCAUUACCAAAGUGAGACAAUCUGUAUUAAAUCUUGUUGAUUUGGCUGGUUCUGAGAGACAAAAAGAUACACUAGCAAGCGGAACGCAGCUUAAAGAAGCCGGAAAAAUUAACGGGUCUCUUUCAGUUCUCGGACAAGUUAUCAUGGAAUUAGAUGAUGUUGCUCACAAUAAAACAAGACAUAUUUCUUACAGGAACUCAAAGUUGACAUUUUUAUUGAGGGAUUCUCUGGGUGGAAAUGCGAAAACUUUUAUAAUCGUUAAUGUUCAUCCGAACGCACAAUUCUUCGGUGAAACUACCUCUACUCUACAAUUCGCGGCACGAGCUAAACAAAUCAAAAACAGAGCAAGAGUGAAUGAAAAUACUCAGGGAGAUUAUACACAGUUACAGGUGAAUGCAAUUUAA